AUGGUGGCGGCCGCGGCCGUGUGGGUGCAAUCGGCUGGUGGAAGUGAAUGGCGGCGGGCAGAGGGGCGUGUGAGGUGCAACGGCGAGUCGGCAUCGUCGGCGGAGGAAGGACUAGUGGGAGUGGACAGCGGCAGGCUGGGAUUGUGUAGACGCGUAACGGCGGUGGCGCAGGGACACGACGGUCGUUUGGUGCGAGCUCAGGGUCGCCGCCUCCUCGCAGGCGGUGCAACGGUGGGGGAGGUGGUGAGAGUUGGUGUCGAGAUGGCCUUAGACGGCUCUGUGUGCGGCGUAGUGGGAGAUUGA